ACUGCCUACUUCCACCCGCCCUCGCAGCUUUCAUAAAAGUGACUACGUCAGUGAAGCGCAAUUUCUAACCGUGCUAGGGUACGAAGUACAGUUCGUUCAAGGGUUAACCCGACUAAGGACAAGAGCUCGGCCGGGGGUAUGUAAAUACAUAUAUGUCUCCCGGUUGACCCGCUCAAUUUUACCGUUCAACAUAUUCCAAACAACUUAAACCGAUAUGAGGUCGACAGCUCAGUUUGCGCUCAAGGCGCUCGCGCUCGUCGCCAUAGUAGGAGCUAUUCCUACGAUUCUUGCCCACGGUCACGGCGACGAAGGCGCGAUAGAUAUGGAUAUGAGUAAAGAGGAUCCAAAACCAGAUCCAGAAUCGUACCCGCCCACGUAUUUUUCGCAUCCAGAGCACGUAGUCGAAAUAUAUACGCAUAUCGCACUAAUGGUCGUCGGUUGGGUAAUCAUGCUGCCACUAGCUGUCAUGUUCUCGAUUGCGCGAUCCCGGUAUACGCUCCCCGUCCAGUUUCUCUUCCUCAUCACGAACGCGCUCGGCAUCGUACUAGGUAUUACCUACAACGCGAACACGCCCGAUCUAUAUCCCAACAAUGCGCACCACAAGCUUGGCUGGUUAGUCACUUGGGUAGUCAGCGCGCAAGUAUUUAUUAGCCUUGUCGGUCGCGUCGCAGGUGUAGUGGGCAGGAAAGGAACAGAAGGAGUCGGCAGGGAGGAAGAGCAGGCGUUCAUUCCGGUUUCGACGGAGGCUAUGGCUGAGCACCAACGCAUUAACGAUGCGCUAUACUCUCACCCAUACCGCCACUCUAACGAUAGUGGGCAAGGCACCGAGCCGAGUACCGAGUCUUUGAGAAGUAACUCGUUGUCGACUGUAGUGGGUCAGGAAUCCCCUAUUGAGUUGAGCGACCGACGAAUCCACUAUGACGAUCUCGAAGAUGUUCAAUUUAAGCCCGCGGAAGUGUUAGGUUCAAAGAAGACCAACUCGAUCAUCGCCAGAUUUGCCGGCAAGAUUUCCACCAGAGCAUGGAAAGUUUUGAUGUUUGCCUACAACUUCGUCGAUCGUACUAUUCUCAUUCUGGGUUACAUUACUCUGUGCACUGGUGUUAUCACAUUCGGACGAUUCUUUGAGGGUCACGGUAUUUUCAGCGGCUUAGCUCAUUGGAUCAAGGGUGGCAUCUUUUUCUGGUACGGCAUUUUGACUCUCGGAAGGUGGUCGGGAAGUUUCGGUGAGCUGGGUUGGGCAUGGAAUGUCCGUCCGAAACAAAGCUCGCAGAAAUGGAGGCCCACUGCGGAAUUCGUCGAGGGUGCCCUUAUCUUCACUUACGGUUCAACCAACAUCUUCCUGGAGCAUCUUGGCAAUGCCGGUAAGGAGUUCAGCCCUCAGGAUUUAGAGCACAUCUCCAUUACGGUUCUCUUCAUCGGAGGUGGCCUGCUUGCUAUGCUCAUUGAGUCGACGCGGAUUCGGGAACUCCUGAAUACUACGGUGUACGAUGCAGCUCUCUCGCAUCCGAGCCACGCGUACAGUGAUGAGGAACGUGAAGCUUUACAGGCACCAAGGGAGUACGAAUUUUCCAUUAAUCCCAUUCCGGCACUCGUGAUCUUACUUCUCGGUAUCAUGAUGAGCUCGCACACGCAGCACAACAUGGUUUCUAGCAUGGUUCACAAGCAGUGGGGCAACCUUUUAACUGGCGCUUCUUUUGCUCGAGGAUUUACAUACGUGCUCGUAUAUCUCAAGCCUCCGCGCUCGAUCCUACCAUCUCGACCUCCGACUGAACUUAUUACCGCGUUUGGACUCAUUGCGGGGGGUACUAUCUUCAUGGCGAGCGCCAACGACACAGUUGAGGGAAUGAUCCACUACGACCUAGACGCCAUGUUCUUUUACACCGUUACUAUGGGAUUAGUCGGUCUGAUCAUGGCCUGGGAAGUUAUCCUUCUAGCCCUUAAGGGUUGGGCCGUCCGAAAGGAGUCCAGCCGAUCCCCGAAAUCUUGGGACCUAGCUUCCCGCGUUUAGGCGGUCUGGCUGAAAACCUUGAAGGAAAUUCAACAAGGAAAAUUAUGAUAAACAUGCAUAAGGAAGCGACCUAAAUAAUCAACCCCCAGUACCAUUAAUAACUGGAGCUGUUAACUAUUGCGGUCAAAUUCUUGAAUUACGGCGCAUUGGGGGUGGGGUGGUCGAUCGCGAUAUACCCAAAGAUGCUCCUCUUUUGUUUUCAUUUCAUAUAUAUCUAUUUGCAUUCUAGACUUUCAUUACUACCGAUGAUACCCCUAGGGAAGACAGAGUACGAUUAUUUAUA